AUGUUAGAAACAGUACAGGAGUAUAGCACAAAGGCUGACAGAACGUUAGGAACAGUACAGGCUUAUAGCACAAAGGCUGACCAAACGUUAGGAACAGUACAGGCUUAUAGCACAAAGGCUGACAGAACGUUAGGAACAGUACAGGAGUAUAGCACAAAGGCUGACAGAACAUUAGGAACAGUACAGGCAUAUAGCACAAAGGCUGACAGUAUGUUAGGAACAGUACAGGAGUAUAGCACAAAGGCUGACAGAACAUUAGGAACAGUACAGGCAUAUAGCACAAAGGCUGACAGUAUGUUAGGAACAGUACAGGGGUAUAGCACAAAGGCUGACAGAACGUUAGGAACAGUACAGGCUUAUAGCACAAAGGCUGACAGAACAUUAGAAACAGUACAGGAGUAUAGCACAAAGGCUGACAGAACAUUAGGAACAGUACAGGCAUAUAGCACAAAGGCUGACAGUAUGUUAGGAACAGUACAGGAGUAUAGCACAAAGGCUGACAGAACGUUAAGGACAGUACAGUAG